AUGGCCCAGACUAAAAUGGCAACCAUACUCAUUGCCGUAUUUCUUCUUACAAGCUUGGCUGUCGAGGGCAGGGUUGUAAACCCUGGUGAUGAAACUACUGCAGUGGCUACUGCAGAUGUUGAAGCAACCCCAAUUUGCAAAUCAGUACACGGAACUGAACUAGAUGAAACAUGCACCUCAGUUGCCCAGAAAUUUCAGCUCACAUUUGAAGCUUUCCUUGCUAUAAACCCUAAUAUCAACUGCGAUUCAAUCUUCGUGGGUCAAUGGCUUUGUGUGAAGGGUACUCUUGGACGAGCAAAUUAA